UGGAAUAAUUCCGCUUCCGUUUGGAAAGCCGCAGCCUCAGUCCCGCCGCCGCCCGCCGCGGCCGCCCAGCUCCAACUCCGCGUCCCGCCGCCAUGGCCACCUCUCCGCAGAAGUCGCCCUCGGUCCCCAAAUCUCCAACCCCCAAGUCGCCUCCGUCCCGCAAGAAGGAUGACUCGUUCUUGGGGAAACUCGGAGGGACGCUGGCCCGGAGGAAGAAAGCCAAGGAAGUAUCCGAGUUCCAGGAGGAAGGAAUGAACGCCAUCAACCUGCCCCUGAGUCCCAUCUCCUUCGAGCUGGACCCCGAGGACACCAUGCUGGAGGAGAAUGAGGUGCGGACGAUGGUGGAUCCAAACUCACGCAGUGAUCCCAAGCUUCAAGAGCUGAUGAAGGUGCUCAUCGAUUGGAUCAAUGACGUGUUGGUGGGAGAAAGAAUCAUUGUGAAGGACCUGGCUGAAGAUCUCUAUGACGGCCAAGUCCUGCAGAAGCUCUUCGAGAAACUGGAGAGUGAGAAGCUCAAUGUGGCAGAGGUUACCCAGUCGGAGAUCGCCCAGAAGCAGAAGCUGCAGACUGUGCUGGAGAAGAUCAAUGAGACCCUGAAGCUUCCUCCCAGGAGCAUCAAGUGGAACGUAGACUCUGUACAUGCCAAGAGCCUGGUUGCCAUCCUCCACCUGCUGGUCGCUCUGUCUCAGUAUUUCCGGGCACCAAUCCGACUCCCAGACCAUGUUUCCAUCCAAGUGGUUGUGGUCCAGAAACGAGAAGGGAUCCUCCAGUCUCGACAAAUCCAAGAGGAAAUAACUGGUAACACAGAAGCCCUUUCCGGAAGACAUGAACGUGAUGCCUUUGACACACUGUUUGACCAUGCACCAGACAAGCUCAACGUGGUCAAGAAGACGCUCAUCACGUUCGUGAACAAGCAUCUGAAUAAACUGAACUUGGAGGUCACAGAACUGGAGACACAGUUUGCAGAUGGGGUCUACCUGGUGCUGCUCAUGGGGCUCCUGGAGGGCUACUUUGUCCCCCUGCACAGCUUCUUCCUGACCCCGGACAGCUUUGAACAGAAGGUCCUGAAUGUCUCCUUUGCCUUUGAGCUCAUGCAAGAUGGAGGGCUGGAAAAGCCUAAACCCCGUCCAGAAGACAUUGUCAACUGUGACCUGAAGUCCACACUGCGAGUGCUAUACAACCUCUUCACCAAGUACCGGAAUGUGGAGUGAGGACCCGGGCUGCCUGCCGAUGCCCGGCCUCUUUCGCUGCAGGCCAUCUGGACCAGCUUCCCAACUGCCUUGCCCCGCUUGCUCCUGUCUCUUGCUCUACACUCUCCCGCAAGCCCAGCGACCACCCAGAGAUAGUGGACAUUAAAAUCAGUAAGGAAAUGACCACUAACCCAGUGGGCUGACCACAUCUGUAGGCCCUGGGGACUGACCUAGCAGUGACUGGGGAAAUUGUCCCCAUUCAAAUUGAGGCUCCAGAUGUCCCCACGUGUGCUAUGGGAGUCAGCUCAGCCUAGAUGCUGCCCCCCAGAGCAUAAAAAUAAAGAUCAGAGUUAGUCCUCACUCCGAGGGAGGUCUCUGCUGCGCUCAAGUUCCCUAGCCUCAAACUCCAUUAAAGGAGAUGUCAUUCUCCCUUUUAUAGACGAGGAAACUGAAGCCCAGAGAUGCAGAGAUUUGCUACUCGUUAACAUGUAUUUUUCCUCUUUGGGCAACUUACUGGUUAAUAACUGGUCAAUAACUGGUCAACUGUACGCCAUUCUGUGUGUAUCCUAAAGUGCGUACAUGCUUGCGGAGACCUGCCUUACCUGCAUAUACCUGCUUCCUCCAGCAGACAAGACACUCUGAUCUCACCCUAGGGCAGGCCAGGUCAGGGCUGGGUGAUUCGCACUAAAAUUACCAAAUUGAAUUUAACUCAAUUAAUACUGUGUGUGUGGCGGUAGCCGCGUCCCUCAAAUCCUUUGUACAAAUGAAAAUUACCCUUAAUUCCUUCAGAUUGGUAAUAAGCCCACGCUCCGGUUGCAGGAUGACAUUUGGGAAGGGUUCUGUUUGGAAUUAAUAGAGUGCCCAUUUCGCAGCCUUUUUGCUUGAUUGCAUGUAAUGGAUGUGCCCUAUAUUUUCCUGCAAAAUAAGUACUCAAUUCAUUAUCGUUAGGCAAAUGUAGGGUAUACUCGCGCAUGGCAGAGCUGGGCACAGGCCCAUUGGAGCAUCGCCUGAGAAGUAGGGCUCGUCAACGGGGACCCUUGAACUUUCAAAAAAAAAAAAUAAAAGGACCUCCUUUUUGCCUUCUAAUUGGUCAUUUAGACCAUUCUGGCUAGGUCUGCCCACAUGCAAUUACUGGCUAAUUCCAGGCGAGGAAAGUGUCAGUCACGGAAACCGAAGCUCAGCAUCUCGUCUCACUCGGGUGGCUCAAGGGCCGCUGGUUAUGUAUCUCCUCAUGCAAACCUGACUUUGAAGGAAAGUUCUGCUGUGCCAAUCUGCAUCUAGGUCCUGUAGAGAAAACAAAGGGGCUGAUGGGUACAGGAAGGGUCAGACCUAAGGGAACAGGAAGUGAGGGUGGGGGAGCCGGAUACUAAUGUGCUUAACGUGUGGGGGGUGCCCUCAGAGACAGAGCUGCAGGCGCAGUCCUUGGCCCUGUGCUCUUCAAUUGAGAAGGCCUUGGGAUGAUGACCUGUGCUACUGCUGUCCUCACAGAACUCUUAUAAAUGUGCCAGGGAGGUGCCAGCUUGGGUUGCCUCCUCCAGAAGUGUGUGACCACCUUGUCACCCCUUGUCUUAGUUACAUUUCUCACUGGAACAAAGUAACCCAACAAAAGCCAUUCAAGGGAAGAAGGGCUUGUUUGGGCUCAUGGGCUAAAGGCACACAGCCUAUCGUGGAAGGCAAAGCAUGGCGGCAGGAGAUGCCAUGGUAGGAAGAGCAUGCAGCCGGGCUCCCUCACCUCACAUCAUGUCAGAACAAGGCGAGAACAGACAGGGAGUGGGUCUGAACUAUCAAACCCAAAGGCCCUCCUGCGAGAUUCCACCUCCUAAAGUUUUCACAGUUUUCAAAACAGUGCCGCCGACUGAGAAGCAAGUGUUCAAAAUGAGCCUGUGGGGGAUGUUUUCCACACUCAAACUGAAACAGUUAAUAAAGCCUUCCCUAGUUUGAGGGUUCACCAAGAUGGCUUUCCACAACAUUCCAAGUGCUCCUGUUUCUUCUUGUACUGACCAUCCAGGGCAGCUCAGAACCCAGAACCUUUGGAUCCACUCUCCACCUCCCUGGCUGCUUUGUCCUAGGAAUUGUUACUCUGCACUGUGAGCAUCUACGAUGUGAAGGCAAUGUACUGUCUUACGUUGAUCUGUGUGUACGAACAGAAUUCUUUUUUGCAUAAUCAAUGAAAUAUCAUAUUUUUCACUAGGAUUAAUGUUGGUCUCGUGCUCUUUUCAAUUCCUGGUAGGAAACUGAGAUUAGGAGCUGCUUGGCCUCUGGGAUCAGCACUGAUGUAGUAAGAGGUCUGCAUCCACUUGAACACACUUGACUCUUGGGAUCAAGCCUUGUUGUCCCUGAUGCUCAAGCACUCCUAUAGGGUUCUGUACUGUCUACAGUGGGAAACCACAUCAGAACUAGGAAAGUUUCUUAGUAGCAUGUCAGCGUACCCAACAACUGGGCAUUGGGACUAAGGUCUUUGCCUCAGUCCAGAGUUCCCGGGCUUGUGUCUGGUUUUAUAACCCUGUUGUUUCCUGGAGAUGGGUGUUUUCCUUCUGAUUCUAGAAUCACAUACUUAAGACAUGUCCAUGGUAUUGAAGAAGAAAGAGGUAUCAUGAUUAUAAGUAAUCAAAGAGUCUUCCUCUCCUAGGAAAAUAGAGGAAAGAAAAAACUGAGACAAGCAUCACUCAGGCUCACAGCGGGAGGGUAUGGAGGGUAUGGGGGCGGGGGGGGGGGGGGGAAACAGACAUGUGAGCCUGUGGUCACCUGCAGGCAGGAAGCAGAGAGAGAUGAAUGCUGGCGCUCAGCCUGCUGAUUUUUUAUUUUGUCUGGCACCCCAGCCUAUGGAAUGGCACCACCACAGUUAGGGUGAGUCUUCCCACCUCAAUUAAUCAUCAUUGUUAAUAGUUGAUCCAUAAGUAACACAGAAUUCAAAAAGCAGGAAUGAUGUCUAAUAAAAACUCCAAGUACCCAUCUCGCCUCUUCCCCAUCAGUCUCCCCGCUCCAUGGAGAUGACUCUCUUGAUCCAUUUCUUCUGCAUGAUUCCAGAAAUACUCUGUGCAAAUAAAGCCUGAAUGUCCAUACGAAA